GACCCCGCGUCCCCGCCGGCGGGAGCUCGGGCAGGACUCGGCGGCGGCGCGGCUGCUGAGGUGCCGGGCUGGAUGCGAGAGCUGCGCGGACCCGGCGGCACCCGGAGGCUCCCGACCGCGGGGAGCCGCACGCGCUGGCCAUGGCCUCCAACUUUAACGACAUCGUCAAGCAGGGCUACGUGAAGAUCCGCAGCAGAAAGCUGGGGAUUUUCAGACGAUGCUGGUUGGUUUUCAAGAAGGCUUCUAGCAAGGGACCAAGACGGUUAGAAAAAUUUCCAGAUGAAAAAGCAGCCUAUUUCAGAAACUUUCAUAAGGUCACUGAACUGCACAACAUCAAAAAUAUCACCAGACUGCCUCGCGAGACGAAGAAGCAUGCAGUGGCGAUUAUCUUUCAUGACGAAACAUCCAAGACAUUUGCUUGUGAGUCAGAGCUGGAGGCGGAGGAGUGGUGCAAGCACCUCUGCAUGGAGUGUCUCGGGACCAGGCUCAACGACAUCAGCCUCGGAGAGCCAGACCUCCUGGCUGCAGGCGUGCAGCGGGAGCAGAAUGAACGAUUCAAUGUUUAUCUCAUGCCUACACCAAAUCUGGAUAUUUAUGGUGAAUGCACAAUGCAGAUCACUCAUGAGAAUAUCUAUCUCUGGGAUAUCCACAACGCCAAGGUCAAGCUGGUGAUGUGGCCUCUCAGCUCCCUGAGGAGAUACGGCCGAGACUCUACAUGGUUCACCUUUGAGUCCGGAAGAAUGUGUGACACAGGAGAAGGACUAUUCACUUUUCAAACAAGGGAAGGAGAAAUGAUCUAUCAGAAGGUCCAUUCUGCGACACUGGCUAUAGCUGAGCAACAUGAAAGAUUAAUGCUAGAAAUGGAGCAGAAGGCCCGGCUUCAGACAAGCUUGACUGAACCAAUGACAUUAUCCAAAUCCAUCUCUCUUCCUCGCAGUGCAUACUGGCAUCACAUUACCCGUCAGAACAGCGUUGGGGAGAUCUACAGUUUGCAAGGUCAUGGAUUCGGUUCAUCAAAGAUGUCUCGUGCACAGACGUUUCCCAGCUAUGCCACAGAACAGAGUGAAGAGGCACAGCCUCCUUUGUCACGGUCCAGCAGCUAUGGCUUCAGCUACAGCUCCAGCCUCAUCCAAUGACACACAGGGGGCACUGCUGACCAGACAGACAGUCUGUCCUGGACCUGCCUGCAGGGUCAUUGCACCCUCUGCCUCCUGGAAGACCAAUUGCAGUACAAAAUGCAUGGGUUGGGUCUAGCCCCAAUCCCAUUGGAAGGUUAAAAACUGGAGUUCUGCUUCCUUGAUUCAGUGGCUAAGUAUUUUAUUUAUUGAAUUUCUAUGGGGGAAUCUAUGUUUUACGAUAAUAGAAUCCAAAUCGUAUGAAUAGUCUUUAAAUAAACAAAAUUCUUUGGGUCUGACGUAACAGAAGCCUUGGCACUGGGAAGAGUUCACCACACUGGUGGUAACUAGGAGACAGGCAGCUACCCUGUCUUCAGCACCUAGUCCUGCCUCUGAGCACAGGGUCUGUCCUUAGGCAUCAUGCUGAUCAACCACAAAUUUUGUGGCUUUUUCAGUUUUGACAGGGUCAAAUCCAGUAAACUCUGCAAAUGACAUGUUAACACUCCAUAUAAAUAAAUCCAGUGACAAUUAAGGGAAUAUGAAAUUAGAAAACUCUGUUAUUCAGGGUCUGGUAGCUCUACUGUUGUGUGUGUGUGUAUGUGUGUGUGUGUGUGUGUGUGCGCGCCUGUGUGUAUGU